CUACUCGGCCGGCCCAACUGUAGUUAAGCAACCAUCUUUCUUCAGAGAGGCGGACUCCGGCACAAGCCCUUCAGAGUCACAAAAUGGGGCCCUGCUGGUUAGACUCACUUCUGGGAAGGGGCAGCCUCGGUAAUGAGCGCCAGUCUUGAGUUGUCAGCGCCGGGGAGGGCGCGAAGGCGGGAACGGAAAGAGCCGCUUCUCUUCCCCGCCAUCCCUUCCCUUCCCCGUAAGCCGGAGUCGGCGCUCCCCCUGUCGCUACUCGAAAGUUGGCGGCCGGGACUCCUCGCCUUGCUCCCUUGCCCCGGUGGCGGCUCCCUUCUCUUUGCCCUUCCCGUCAUGAAGGCCUGGCUCUUGCUCAGCUUGUUGCUGCUGCACCAGACGCUGCAAAACGCUGUUGGUCAGUCUGUGAAGAACAAGCGUCCAAAGGAACCAGGAGAGAACAGGAUUAAACCUGCUAACAAAAAAGUAAAACCCAAAAUUCCCAAAUUAAAGGAGAGAGAAUCCACAGACUCAUCCCCAAAGAUCUACUCCAUAAUGACGCAAGUGAUGGAUAAGGGCCGCUUUCAGAAGCCUGCUGCCACUCUAAGCCUUUCUGCAGGACAGAGUUUAGAACUGCGGUGCAAAGGCAAUAAAAUUGGGUGGAGUUAUCCCUCUUAUCAUGACACUUUUAAAGACUCCAGACUCAGCAUCAAGCAGCAUGACAGAUACAGUCAGCUGAUCUUGGCAAAUUCCACUGCAGCAGACACCGGUGAAUACAGCUGCUGGCUACUCCUAUGCAAAGGUUACAACUGCAAGAAGGAUGAGUCAAGAACAGGCUCAACGUACAUCUUUUUUGCAGAUAAAGGGGAACUCUUUGUUCCUUCUCCCAGUUAUUUCGAGGUGGUAUACCUUAACCCAGAUAAGCCUGCAGUGAUUCCUUGCCGAGUGACCAACCCAUCAGCAAAAGUAACACUUCAUCAGGAAUUUCCGGCAGAAGAAGUCAAAGUGGAUGGCAUUGACAUUGUAUAUGAUGUAAAGAAGGGCUUUGUCUAUCAGCACCCAAAGUUUGAACACAAAGGAGUAGUUUACUGCAGAGCCGAAUCAAGGGGAGCGCCUCAGAUUUCCAUUAAAUAUCAGUUGCUUUAUGUGGAAGUCCCCAGUGGUCCACCUUCAACUACUAUUAAGGCAUCAUCCAACAAUGCAAGUGGUGGAGACGAUAUCAGCAUUCUGUGCACAGUUUUGGGAGAGCCGGAUGUAGAAGUGGAAUUUAACUGGAUAUAUCCAGGACAAGAGUAUGAAAGGCCUGUGAUCAUCCAAGACACUUGGAGACUGAUUGACAGAGGAAUUGGUCACACCACAAGAAUCUCAGAGAGUGUGAUUACUAUAGAAGAUUUUGAAACCAUUGAUGCUGGAAACUAUAUUUGUAUAGCUCAGAACCUUCGAGGACAGACCACAGUAGCUACCCAUGUCGAACUGAUAUGAUACAUUGAGCUUGAAAGAAAACCAGAACAGGAAAUGUAUGGCUGGUCUGCUUCUGGCUAGCUUUAACACACUGAACUUGGAAGAAAGAUUUGUUCCUACUCUUUACAUUCCAUUCUUUUUGCAUACUAGUAGACUCCAGGCUUGUAGUCAUAAGAUGCUGACAGCUAGUGCAACACAAUGGCUAAACUAUGAACUCACAUACUAUGAACUCACCUUGGUGGCCUCAUAGAAGCCAUCCUCUUACCUGUAAUAUUUGUUGUCUUCCCACUUGGGGGCAAUAUAGUGAUGUACAUUAUGGAGUUUGGAUGUGAAGAUUCUUGAGCUUGUGUCUGUGAUGUGUUUUGAGCACUAGAAAGCGCUAUAUAAGUAUUAAUCAGGAGAGUCACCCACUUUAGGAAACAAAAAAAAAUCACAUUUAAUGUGAUGGCAUCUCUAACAAUAUUGUUUAAUGCAGCCAAAAGGUAGUUAGCAGAAAAAAUACUUCUAAUUAAGCAGAACAUGAGGGAAGAGGAUAUAAAAUCACUCAUGUUCAUCUAACAAGGAUCUCUGUUGCUGUAUGGAAGUCUAUACUUUUUUCUCCAACAGCAUUAGUCAUCAAAAUAAAAUGCUUUCCUUGCUGAAACCAUAGCAUAUGAGUUUUAAUCUCAUAAGUAUUCUAGCCUUGUUUUGUUACAUACUAAAUAAACUAUUUUGCAAGCUUU